AUGUCAUGUACGUUUGACGAGACCGCCUUUGAACCAAGUGACCAGAAAGCACCGCGGAUAUUAAAGAAGAACAGAGAUCUACUAACUAAGCAGCUGAUGAGCGUUAUGGGAGUUUCUGAUAGAAAACACUGCUUAACUGAUGGUACAGUUAAUGCCUUCAAUUCCCAGAACGACUCCAAUUCAAAUGAACCGUCGACUAGACUAAUUAGAGAAAGUUUUGACCUGGCCGGAACAUUUCCGACAUCCAGAAGACCCAGAAGCAGACCUUUAAGUAAGGCUCCGAAAGAAGAGAUCGAUGAAUGGUUUGGGAAAGUAGGAGUAAAGAUAGGUACAGCUGUAGGCGAUGACUUUCAACGAGACAUGGUGAAACGACUUCUAUUCACUUACCGCGAUAUCAAUGGAGUUGAGCUAGAGCAACUAGUCCCAACAGACCUCUAUGUUCAUAGAGUUAGGAUCAGAGAGGGGACUAAACCAUUUUCAAAAGUCAAGCAGAAAAGGUGGCCUCCAGGGAAGGAGUUUUGGCUUCAAAAAAUUGUUAAUGAGGGGCUAUCGUGUGGAAUGUUCGAAAAGACCAUGGCAGCAAAUGGAAAGUUGUCAGAUUGGAACGCGCAGGCCGUCAUAGUGGACAAGAGCGACAAUCCCGGACCUUGGGAUGAGCCGAGAAUUACGUUUAACUACCAGAAUGUGAAGGAAGACAUGCCAGGAUGCUACCUGGAAUUGAUGGCCAAAGUACACGACCAUUUGUCUCACCCCUCACACAAAUUUUUUCUGAAGUUUGAUGUGAAACACGGCUAUUGGAAUAUCCUCGUUCAUCCCGAAGAUCGACAUUUUUUUGCAUUCACCAUAGCCGGCAUUGGCCAAGUUCAGCCGACUCGGAUGCCUCAAGGAUCCAUGAGCGCAGGAUUCUCCUUCACGGAGCUAAUGUACAUUGUGCUUGGUGACAUUCCACCUGGUCAAAAUCAAUUUCCGGGCAUGAAGUCUGUACUGGUGCCCGAAGAUAAUAGUAGUCCUCCAAAAGCCUCAUUCUACAUUGAUGACAUGUUUUCCGGUUUUCAAAACUUCAAGGAUGCCUAUGAUUUUAUGGCGGAUGAAUUGUUUCCUCGACUAGAGUGGUCACGUCUCAAACUAUCAUUUAAAAAGAUGGAGCUAUUCAAGGAAGAAGUUGUGGCUCUAGGAACGCUUCAUAAGAAGGGCGGCAUUGUGUGUGUAACUCCUGAGAGACGAGACAAGAUUCGGAUAUGGCCUACCCCGACAAAUGCAUCAGAGGUUCGUGCUUUUCUUGGGGCGAUUAAUAUGACUCGACGAUGGGUUAAAAACUUCGCUGAGAUAAAGGUUCCAUUGUCAAGACUUACCGGUAACGGUGACUGGCGGUGGGGAGAGGCAGAGCAAGUUUCCUUCCAAUUACUACAGGAGAAAUGCUCCGGUGCAAUUGAAAUGCAUGGUUGGAACUUCAAAGAGUCAACGGUCAUGUACUCAGAUACGAGCAACUUUGGAGCUGGCUGUGCUGUAACCCAGUCAAGGAUCAUUGGGGGUAAACGAGCUGAAGUUCCGAUCCUUUAUGACGCUUUCACAUUCACAAAAUGUCAACGAAAUUACGGGACGUAUAAAAGAGAGCUGUGCGCUAUCGUGGAAUUCUGCAGGAAAUAUGAUUAUAUGUUCAGGUUGCCGAUUCAGGGGACAAUCUUUACCGAUCAUCACCCGCUUACCUACUUCUUGAAAUCAUCUUGUCUUGAUGGUAUAUAUGCAAGGUGGGCAAGCGAACUUAGAUUUCUGAACAUUGAAAUUGCGUGGAUACCUGGGUCACGGAACCCAAUCGCGGAUGCUCUUUCUCGGACUAUCUUCCCGGGUGAAAUAGGAAAAACGAAGGAAUUAACGGAAUUUGGUGAUCUGGUCAACGAGAAUGGAGACCCUAAAUGGAUUUGGAAGGAUGGUACAAAUGGAUACGAAACAUUGCUGAAAUCCAUCGGUGAACCAUUAAAAGAGGAGGAUCUUAGGGCGUUGUUCCUGGGUGAUAUGGCUAGGAAGGAUCUUGAUUCGAAGAUGGCAAGUAUAAGCUUGCUUAUAAAGGAAUUGGGAGAGACAGUGCCUACGCAUGUAGCAUUUGAACUCCUGAAUUCGCUGUCCGAAAUAUCCACAGGAGUCUACAAAUCUUCCUGGGUUUCCGCAGGGGCGGAAGCUAUGGGGGGGAGUAACUGUCUCAUUUCUAACGUCUCAGACAGCCAAGUCCCAUCCACAGUGCCUCAGUAUAACAGUGCACCAUGGGUCAAAAAUGUGAUAAGGACAAAAACCAUUGCGCCUCACACGAGGUUCUCUGACUCAAUAUGGUAUAAAGAGAUCUCAAUAUAUCUGAAGACGGGAAUAGCUCCCAAGAAGAUCCAAACGAAAGUCCACCAAGCGGCGUUCCUCAAGAAGGCGAGUAAGUAUCAAGUACAGGGACCCGAAAGAGUACUCUAUCUUGAUGUUCAGGGAGUUCUUAAACGCUGCAUAACCGAAAAGGAAGUCUCAUCACUGUUGUUGCAAGCUCAUGACAAUGGGGGACACUUCGCCUCAUCCAUCACAAUGCGCAAACUAUCGAAGUAUUAUUGGCCUGCUAUGGUUAAAGAUGUUCGUGACUACAUUGCAGGAUGUCUGGUGUGUGCCAAACAUGGAACAGCAGUGAGAUCACAGAAAAUGGCGCGAGUGUCAAUAAGUACCCCGAUGGAACUACUUGGAAUCGAUUUCAUAGGCCCUUUUCCGAAGUUCGAGGGAGUAGAAGUGUAUUACAUCCUUGUGGUAGUGGACUAUUUCUCCCGGUUCGUGUGGCCGCAAGCAACAAAAUCUGACAACUCAGAAUCUGUUAUUUCUACACUGGAGCGAAUUUUCUUGGAGAAUGGAGUUCCCACAGGUAUCUACUCGGAUCCUGGCGCUCAUUUUGGGAAGGACACACAGCGGUUUGCGGAAUCCCGUGGAGUUAUGUGGUGCACGUCACCUGUUGCAGCAAAGAAAGCUACUGGUAUGGUAGAGAAAGCCGUCGACAUUCUACAACGAGCCUUGAAGAAGAACGCUCGUGAUCCAUCGAGAUGGCCAACGAUCCUAUCAAAAUCCACGUUUGAUGUAAACAGGAGGGACAUACUACACCUUGGGUUUUCUCCCCACGAAAUUCUUAAGGGCUUCGCACCUGAUGGGAAUCUCGAAGCUGUGUUUCCCUCAAACCAUCGAGAGAGUCUGAAGUCAUUAUUGAGUACAGGAACGCCAGAUGUGUUUCCUGAAGAUGACGAUGUGCAUGGAGACCUAGUUAUAGACUUUAUACUUAACCGUGAAGAGACGAGGCGAACUGCGCUGAUCAGGUCAGAUUCGCAAAAAGAUCGUGCAAAAGACCGACAUAAUCUGGGCGUACGAGCUAGGCAUGUCUAUGUACCAGGGAGUCUAGUGAUGUUAUGGGACGCCAAAGCCGCUGGGAAAAAGCUCAGACCGGCAUGGAGAGGGCCGUUUGUCGUUGUGGGUUAUGGAGGUGACAUGGAGCGCUCAUUCAUACUAAGACAGGUCGAUGGGUCACGAAUCCCAAGGCAUUACUACGGAGACCAUCUCAAGCCUUUUCGACUUCGAGAGGGCUAUCUCAUAACUCAAGAGGAGGAGGAGAUUCCGGUCUAUCAGAACCUUCGGUUAGGGAAUGCGGCUUUUAAAUUGCCAAAGUAUGUCGAAAAGGUCCGUGGUGUUCAUGACGCAUGA